CAACAAUACACAUGCAGCUCUGCAACCUCACAAAACAUGAGGAGAACGACAAAGACAAGUGUGAGAACCAUCAUGAGAAGUUGAGUGUGUUCUGCUGGACUUGUAAGAAGUGCAUCUGUCACCAGUGCGCUCUGUGGGGUGGCAUGCAUGGAGGUCAUACGUUCAAACCCCUGGCCGAGAUCUAUGAGCAGCAUGUGACAAAGGUGAAUGAGGAGGUGGCCAAGCUGCGGCGCCGGCUAAUGGAGCUGAUUAGUCUGGUUCAAGAAGUGGAGAAGAAUGUUGAGGCGGUGCGUGGGGCAAAGGAUGAGAGGGUAAGGGAAAUCCGGAAUGCUGUGGAAAUGAUGAUUGCUCGGCUUGAUAAUCAGCUCAAGAACAAACUCAUCACACUUAUGGGACAGAAGACCUCUCUGACACAGGAGACAGAACUGCUGGAGUCUCUGCUGCAGGAAGUGGAACACCAGCUGCGUUCGUGCAGUAAGAGCGAGCUGAUCUCUAAGAGUCCAGAGAUCCUGCUCAUGUUCCAGCAGGUUCACAGGAAACCAAUGCAGUCUUUUGUCACCACUCCUGUCCCACCCGACUUCACCAGUGAGCUGGUCCCUGCCUAUGACUCGAGCACUUUUGUUUUGGCAAACUUCAGUACUCUGCGGCAGAGAGCCGACCCCGUCUACAGCCCCCCGCUCCAGAUAUCAGGCCUGUGUUGGAGGUUGAAGGUUUAUCCUGAUGGCAAUGGUGUCGUUCGAGGAAACUAUCUCUCCGUUUUUCUGGAAUUGUCGGCAGGGCUCCCAGAGACGUCCAAGUAUGAAUACAGGGUGGAGAUGGUCCAUCAGGCCUCCAGUGACCCCACCAAAAACAUAAUUCGAGAGUUUGCAUCGGACUUUGAGGUGGGCGAGUGCUGGGGGUAUAACAGGUUCUUCAGGUUGGACCUUCUCGCCAGUGAGGGCUACUUGAAUAUGCAGACUGACAAUCUUGUGCUCAGGUAUCAAGUGCGAUCACCAACGUUUUUUCAGAAGUGUAGAGAUCAAUAUUGGUAUAUAACUCAGCUGGAGUCAGCCCAGUCCAGCUACAUUCAACAGAUCAACAACCUAAAAGAGAGGUUAGCCAUAGAACUGUUCCGGCGGCAGAAGUCGAGGAGUUCCUCUCCACCUGAUCGGCGUCUCUGCCCCACGACUUCCUCUGGGAGAGACUCCCGUCAGGGAAAGAGCUCCGUACUGGAGGAAAGGAGUCAGGCAGCCUCAGCGGAGACGAAGGAAGAUGAGGAUGAAGAGAAGACCCAGCAUGAUGACUCUAAUGAGUUGUCUGACGGGGAUCUGGAGGUGGACUGUCUAAUUGGAGAUGAAGAUGUCAAUCCUCUGGACGGUAGUAGCACUUCUGGGAGCUCCACAGCCACCAGUAACACAGAGGAGAAUGACAUUGACGAAGAGACCAUGUCUGGUGAGAAUGAUGUGGAGUACAGUGGGAAUCUAGACCUGGAGGAAGGUGAAUUACCCGAUGAUGUUGCCGGGGCAACAGGAGGUUCUGGUGCAGGUGCUCGGGGUUCAAAGCGUGGGGCCGGUGCAAGCUCAGCCAGCCUCCUGGAGAUCGACCCGGUCAUCCUAAUCCAACUACUGGACCUGAAAGACCGCAGCCAUGUGGAGUCACUGUGGGGGAUACAGCCCCGUCCCCCUACCUCUCUCCUCCAGAGCCAAGCUGCUGCAGUGCCCUCUCGUAAAGAGCGUGAGCGUCGGCCUCAGGCGGUGCGUCGGUCAACCCCGGACUCGGGGGUCCUGAUCAGACUGAAGGCUCAGAUGGCAGAAGUGCGCAGUAAGAUGUCAGACGUGAAAGGGCAGCUGGAAGCCCGCAGUGGAGCCGGUCGGGUCUCCUCUCUGGGAGCCUCAAACCACGAUCAGGGCCCCUCCAUGGAUUCAGAGAUGGGGCCCAGUCGCAAACCCAGCGAACUGCUCUUCAAAGCACCCGUCUCAUCACGACACUCUUGGAGUGGAGUGAAGAAGGCUGGUUCUCCUAAGCAGGAAAGCGUGGGAGCUCUGGGUGGACUUUCCCUGCGCAGGGCUCUAGAUGCCGGGGAGAAAGAGCUGAGAGGAGCUGGACGAGAGUCCCCUACUGAACCUGCUCCUUGUCUCAGAGAGGGAUCCUCCUCUUUGGAUGGCUCACUGAAAGCACGCAGUGUGCAGAGUUCUCCUCCCUCGCUGGGAAGCAGUUCCUCUUCCUCUGAUAAGCCCUCUGGCUCCAAACAUGAGGAACUUCUGUAUGGAGCUUCAGCUUCAGAACUGUUCAGCGUCACAGCUCUCAAUGGAGCAGCCGCUCCCGCCACCAAACAGCGCAGGACUCCAGCCGCCGGCUCUCUUAACUGUGACCAAGAGAGUGCCGGAGAAAUCCAUCCGUCACUGCUGUCACUGGCUGAGCCGUCAUCCUCUUCCUCCUCACGCCCUGAUGAAGGUCUCCUCGGCCAGAAGCAGCCCCACCAUGUGCUGCCGGGCAUGAGCAGUGACAGUGAGCUGGACUGUGACACGGAGAACGAGAAUGAGGAUGAAGUGGUGGCUCUGGAGGCUGGAGACUGUGCGUUUGACACCAGAACUCUACCCUGCCCAGGCGAGCAGCUGAUCCCUGAUGAUCUGAGCUUUGUGACUGGAGAGACCACAGAGAGAUGAUCCGCCACAGUGGUACAAAAAUGUCUGCUAGUCACAUGAACCUUCCUGUGUCAACAGGCACAUAAUGUGCUCUUUACAUUAUGUCUGUGCACUUACUUUAUAUUCAGAUGUUCAGAACAGGAUUAUAUGUUUCUCUGUGCUACUGUAUGUGUUAUUUCAGAGAAACUACUUUUGGGAUCGUUUUUUUUUUUUUUGCGUUGUGAAAUGCGUAACAUUCCAUUAUAAAGCUAGGUGUAUACAUUUUGUGUAUGUGCAUAACUAGGUAAUAAUAUUACAGUUAUAUGCAUAUUCUUUACGUUUGCAAUGCUGCUUAUUGUCAUAAAUUCAUAGGGAGUUGCCAAACACCUCUUAGAUUUUUGAGUCAAUAACUUGAGUUUUCAAGUGUUUUGGCACAUUGAGUCAAAGAAUGUAAAUACAGGUGCUGCUCUGCUACUUUUUAUGUGGCAUAUUCUUAGUGCAGGAUAUACGUAGAUGUUAGUGAGGGUUUUUGUUGUUGUUUGUUUUUGUUUUAAUUUUAUGUAGCUUGUCUGUGAAAAUAUUAAGCUGUCUAGAACACAAUUCAUAGAUUCCUAUACCUAAAAAGUUUACAUUUGACUAAAUGUCUGCAAAAAGGGAACAUAAAGCCAAUACAAGUUCAAACAAUUUUCUGACUUUCACAGUGAUUGUUUUUAUAUAUUUCAAAUAAGAAGUUAUUUAACAUUGCACAGCUUAUGAACAAGCACUUAUGAACUUAUUAAUGCUACAUUCCCGUUUUUGCUUGUUUUUUGUUGUUGUUUGUUUUGUUUAGUUAUUUUUUAACACGUUAACUCUUAUAAGAUGUCCAAAUAAAAGGCAGUUACGUACUUAAACCAAAGUCUCAGGUGGGCCCAAGUCUGUGUUUUUAGUCCCAGGCUCGUGUGUGUUUGUGUGGUUUGGUUUGAGCUCAGACAGGAAGCAUUGAUGAUGUGGUCUGUCAUGGCAUCAGCAGCAGCUGGGGAGUGAUGAACUUCUGUUCGUUUGAGGUCACGGUCUUGCUCUUUGCAUGCACAGCUUUCGCUCAGUACAGUCUGUUGAACGUGAAUGUUUUGUGGAAAAUUGUACAGCCAGUAAUGCAUUGCUUUUGCUGUUUAAUCAUUGGCUUAAGAAGUGCUUUAUGCAAAUACUUAAAAAAAAAAUUUUUUUUUGCUUCCCCUCCAGUAUGUACUGCAAAGUAUAAAACAAUGAUAACAGUGUUCCUGUGACUAUUCAAUGUAAAUCUAAUUCUGUUUUUUGUGCUGUAAUAAUGUUCCUAUUUUGAUGUUUUGUUUCAUGUGAGGAGCAAGAGGGCAGUCUGUUCUCUGUGCACAUUUCUAGUUUACUGGUUUCUUUCUCUAGCAUGUUUUUAAAGACUUUUUGGGGGCCCAAAACAAACUGGAGUAUAUGCACAGUAUGUACUGUAAAUAUCUAAAUUAAAACCUGAACAAAUAAAUUACGUGAUACAACAACUACUACUACUACUAUUAUUAGUAGUAGUAUUAGUAUUAUCCAAU